AUCAAAGGAAAAGAAAAGAAAACCUUAGAAGGCAAAAUCCAGCUAAAACCAAAAGGUCGGUUUUGCUUCCUCUUUUCUGCACCUUCAAAGUCUUUUUCAUUUUCUUCUUUGGGUUUUGUUUCAGCUUAAUUGGUGUUUAUAGCAUCCAUGGCUGUUGAGGUUAAAGUUGAGGAAACCCAGGGGGCUGAGGUUUCUGUUCCUCAAGAAGAGCCCAAGAAGGUGGUUGCACAAGAGAAUAGGAAAGUUGAUCACUGCGAAGCAAAGACUGUAGAUGAUUCCAAGCCCAACAAAGUUGAGAAAAGCUCUUCCUACAGGGAAGAGAGCAAUUUCCUAUCUGAUCUCAAAGAGUUUGAGAAGAAGGCUUUGUGUGAACUGAAAUCCAAGCUCGAAGCUGCCAUUCUUGGGAAUUGCUUGUUAAAGAAGGAAGAUCCUGAAAAGAAUGAGAAGCCAAGUGAUGGGAAUGAAGAGAAAGAAAAAGCAGUAGCUGACGAGAAAGAGGAGAAGGCAAAAGGAGAACAAGGCGAAAGGCCGGUGGCAGAAGAGGAAUCAAAAACAGAAGGGGGUGAGGAGAAAACAUCCCAAGAAUGCGACGAGAAGAAAUCUGAUGAAAUAGGCAUAGAAAUCAACAAAGAUAUCUCCCUUUGGGAAGUCCCUCUUUUGCCUAGCAAAGGCGGAGAGGCUACUGAUGUAGUCUUGUUGAAGUUCUUGAGAGCUAGAGAGUUCAAGGUCAAUGAUGCCUUCCAGAUGCUUAAAAAUACCUUGCAAUGGAGGAAGGAUGGCAAGAUUGAUUCAAUCUUGAACGAGGAGUUUGGGGCUGAUCUAGGGUCCGCAGCUUACAUGAAUGGCAUUGAUAAGGAAGGCCAUCCUGUCUGUUACAACAUCUAUGGUGUGUUUGAUGAUGAGAAGCUUUAUAAGAAGACAUUCGGGACGGAAGAGAAGCGUGGGCAGUUCUUGAGAUGGAGGUUUCAGUUGAUGGAGAAAGGUAUUCAGAAGCUUGAUUUGCGGCCUGGUGGUGUCACUUCUUUGCUUCAAAUCAAUGAUCUGAAGAAUUCUCCUGGGCCCUCGAGGAAAGAACUAAGGAUUGCCAUGAAGCAUGCUGUCGGAGCCUUACAGGACAAUUAUCCUGAAUUUGUUGCAAGGAAUAUAUUUAUAAAUGUUCCAUUCUGGUACUAUGCCCUCAAUGCACUGUUAUCACCUUUCCUAACACAAAGGUCUAAAAGCAAGUUUGUGGUGGCUCGCCCGGCCAAGGUCACUGAAACCCUUCUCAAGUACAUUCCUGCCGAGGAGGUCCCUGUACAGUACGGUGGCUUCAAGAUGGAAAAUGAUUUUGAGUUCUAUGCCCAAGACGCUUCUGUUUCAGAAAUUAUUGUUAAGGCUGGAUCAACCGUGACCAUUGAGAUACAUGCCGAUGAGGUUGGAACCACAUCAAUCUGGGAGCUGAUAGUUUUGAGUUGGGAAGUAAAUUAUAAGGCCGAAUUUGUGCCAUCAGACGAGGGCUCCUACACCAUCAUCGUUCAGAAGAGCAAGAAGAUAGGGUCACAGUCUCAGGAAGGGCCCAUCCGCAACACCUUCAGGAACAAUGAACCAGGGAAGCUGGUCCUCACUAUUGAGAAUAAUUCCAGCAAGAAGAAGAGACUUCUUUACCGCUACAAGACCAAAAAGAGUUCAUCUUUCUAAGACAAAUUUCUUGAGAAAUGUCACAAAUCUUAUAUGCAUUUUCUUCCUUUCUGUUGAGUUGGUUGUGAGUGGGAAUGGAUGUGGACAUAGAGAAACUAGGUGACAUUAUUUGUUGUUAGAUUUCUUUCUUACUAGUGUAUUCUUUUCGGAUAGUGAAACUAAAGCUUCAUUCUUUAUGCAGGAUCAAUGUGACCAUGUUGUUUCAUGUGUUUGUUUUGAAAGAUUGGUACUUUUUGUUAAUAAGAAAAACGUUCAG